AUGCUUUACCUUCCACUUCCUCUGGGGCAACCACCUAUACCCACCAUCGGGGAUAAAUUAAUUAUCCCGACUUCAUCACCAUGGAUCCGAUUUGAGAGAUGGUCCCGCAUCUAUGGCCCAAUAUCCACUUUAUGGGUCGGUCGGCGCCCUACAAUCACCAUACUAUCCCCCAACAUCGCCGUAGACCUUCUCGAAAAAUGCAGCACCAACUUCAGCUCACGACCGCGGUUUGUGAUGGGCGAAUUGAACUGGACAAUGCUGGGAUCCUCGUUCAACCCCAAGGCAAGGAAUGGCACACCCGAAGACAGAUGCUGCAUCAGGCUCUCUACCCCUAUGGAUUCAAAAACUAUUCGGCAGAGAUAA